GAUGUGACGUAACAAACGGCGGUCUUUUUCCUGCCUGUUCCUCUCGGUCACUGCGUGAUUUCUGUGUUUGGUGCUCCGUUGUUUCCAUUAGCAUUAGCCGUAUGUUAAAGUCUAUUUUUCAAGUAAAUAAACAUCGUUACGUGGCUUUAAAAACGUCCGUCAUUGCAGUAAGACAUUGAAACCCAGCAGGAAGCGUCAUGUCUACUGCACUGGAGAGUUACAUCAAUCGCACCGUCGCCAUCGUCACCUCAGAUGGCAGGAUGAUUGUGGGGACGUUGAAAGGCUUUGAUCAGACCAUCAACCUGAUCCUGGACGAGAGUCACGAGAGAGUGUUCAGCUCCUCUCAGGGUGUGGAGCAGGUGGUGCUCGGACUUUACAUCGUACGAGGAGAUAAUGUUGCUGUGAUUGGAGAAAUUGAUGAGGACACAGACUCCACUCUGGAUUUAGGAAACAUCAGAGCUGAGCCUCUCAACUCCGUCGUCCACUGACUGCGCCCCACAUCAACCUCUCAGCCCCGCCUCUACACGACUCUUGAUGUUUUUCCUGGUCCUCAUCAUUGGGUCUCCAACAUCCAAUAUCUCUGCUGAAGUUUGUUCCAUUAUGAGACGUUUGAGGACCUUGUUGCCUUCACUGCGGUGCUCAGUCAGUUUGGUGAUUUCAGCCCUGGCAUCGUUCGGGUGAGGAAUUGUAAUGGGAAUCGUUGGAAGUCUGCAUCAGGUGAGGCCAGGAGUUGGUAAACAAACAAAGAGACUAAACGGAAUGGCUGCAGUUGUGAUAUAUUUCAGUAUAUUUCAAUAACUUUUCUAUGCGUGUUAUGUUUUUCGGUCAUAUUGCAUUUGUUAAAUAAAGUUCCCUUUCUCUAAAUCUUGACUGAAAUAAAAUAUGUUUACAUUUUCAAA